UGGAAGCGGCCAAAAAGAUGGAUGACAAAGCUGUCUGGGAGGCACUCGGUGAAGCCGCACUGAUGCAAGGCAAUCAUCAGAUGGUUGAAAUGUCAUAUCAACGCACGAAGAACUUCCAAAAAUUGGCGUUCCUUUACGUCGUAACCGGUAAUAUGGAUAAACUGCAAAAAAUGAUGAAGAUUGCACAAAUUCGAAAGGAUUUCCAUGGGCAGUAUGAGACGGCACUUUACCUUGGCGAUAUUCGUGAACGAAUCAAUGGUCAGUCCUUAUUGCUGAUAUUUUGCGUUCUCGUUUUGCAUUUCUUCCUUUAA